CAACCCACCCUCCGCCUCCAAAUCAACGACCUCCGCCACCCAGCCUCAAAGACCUUCCUAACCCUCCUCCCGGACCUAACCACCACACUCACCACCGCCCUCACAACCAUAAUCGAGCACCUAUACACCCCUCCCCACCAGAAACAACCAACAUUCCGCCCCUCCCCACCCCCAACCCGCUCCAUAACGCUCCUCCUCCGCGCCAUCUCCGGCGUAGCCUACACCACCGGCACGGAGCUAGACAACGACCACAAAGAAAUCCACCUAUCGCUAUCCUACAUCCAAACCAUAACCACCAACGGCAACAAUCCCAACCCUACCGCCGAACUAACCGGCGUGCUCACCCACGAACUCGUCCACUGCUACCAGCACACCGCGCCCCCAGAUUCUCCUCCUAAUACCCCAUACCCCCCCGGCGGCCUCAUCGAAGGAAUCGCGGACUUUGUGCGCCUGAAAGCGGGCCUGGAACCGCCGCAUUGGAAGCGGCCCGCGUCGGCGAAGGAGAGAGCGGAUAAGUGGGAUGAAGGAUAUCAGCAUACGGCGUACUUUUUGGCGUGGUUGGAGGAUGUUAAGGUGGGUAAGGGGGCUGUCGGGAUGUUGAAUGAUCGGUUGUUGAGAGUGGGUUAUGCGGAUGGGUUCUGGGAGGGGCUUUUUGGGUUGGGGGUUUUGGAGCUUUGGGAGGAGUAUGGGGUGUGGUUGGAUGGGGGUGGUGGUACUGGUACUACUAGUGGUGGUGGGUGUUGGGAGGAUGAGAUUGUUGAUCGGGUGUGA